CUUCGUGAAGAGCCCAAGCCUGGAGACCUGAUUGAGAUUCCCCGCACUGGCUCCUCGCACUGGGCCCUCUAUGUGGGCGAUGGUUAUGUGGUCCACCUGGCUCCCCCAGGGGAGAACUCUGAGGCUGGCGCCCCCACCGGCAUAAGGGUGGUGAAAAGAGAGCUCCUCAUGGAAGUGGUGGGAAACUGCUCCUAUAAGGUCAUCAACCACUUGGACCACCAGUACAAACCACGGCCCAUAAAGGAGAUGCUCAAUGCUGGGAAGGAGAUGGUUGGUAAGGAGAUGGAGUACAGUGACCUGAGCAGGAACUGUGAGCACUUUGUCACGGAUCUGAGAUAUGGCAAAGCCCGCAGUCGGCAGUUUCGUGCAGAGCCCAUGCCUGGAGACCUGAUUGAGAUUUCCCGCACUGGCUCCUCGCACUGGGCCCUCUACGUGGGCGAUGGUUAUGUGGUCCACCUGGCUCCCCCAGGGGAGAAGUCUGAAGCUGGAUCCCCCACUGGCUUAGGGGAGGUGAAAAGGCAGCUCCUGGCGGAAGUGGUGGGAAACUGCUUCUAUAAGGUCAACAACCACUUGGACCACCUGUACAAACCACGGCCCAUAGAGGAGAUGCUCAGAUCUGGGAAAGAGAUGGUUGGUAAGGAGAUGGAGUACAGUGAUAUGAGCAGGAACUGUGAGCGCUUGGUCACCAAUAUGAGAUACGGCAAGGCACGCAGCCGGCAGUUUCGUGCAGAGCCCAAGCCUGGAGACCUGAUUGAGAUUUCCCGCAUCGGCUCCUCGCACUGGGCCCUCUAUGUGGGCGAUGGUUAUGUGGUCCACCUGGCUCCCCCAGAGGAGAACUCUGAGGCUGGCGCCCCCACCGCUUUAGGGGUGGUGAAAAAGGAGCUCCUUGUGGAAGUGCUGGAGUACUGCUCAUAUAAGGUCAACAACUAUUUGGACCACCUGUACACACCACGGCCCAUAAAGGAGAUCAUCAAGUUUGUGAACGGGUUGGUUGGUAAGAAGAUGGGGCAGCCGGAUAAGAAAAUGAACUGUGAGCACUUUGUCACGGAUCUGAGAUAUGGCAAUGCCCUCAGCGGGCAGUUGGUUGAAGAUCCCAGGCCUGGAGACAUGAUUGAGAUCUCUCACAGGCUCUACCGUGACUGGGCGCUCUAUGUGGGCGAUGGUUAUGUGAUCCAUCUGACUGCUCCAG